AAUGUCAGAGAAGAGAGACACUCCAACUUCUACCUGAACCCGAGAACCAUCACAGCUCUAGAUGCAAUGGGGACAUUGAAGCUAUUUUAUUACAUAAUUACUCUGUAACAUUCAACCGGAACCGGUACCGACUGACACUUCAGUUUCAGAGCAACCAUUGAUUUGUGUUUGGUAGCCUAAAUUCGGUCUUAGCUACUGAAACUUGGUUGAUUUGAACAUUUUUGUAAUAACUGUAAUGUUGUUAGGCCUAUUAGAAUUACAAUGGAAAUAUGUAGAACUAUAAUCAGGAUCGAAAUCUGUAGACAAGGAAAGUUGGGUCUUGUGAAUAUCCGUGUGAGAGAACUGUCUACAAGUGUGCAUUGCUUCAAUGCAUGAGGUCGCACUGAUCAACCAAAAAUACAAAUAGUCAACUUGAUCAUUCGGCUACGAUAAAAACAACUUUUUCCAAGUCUCAAAAUUGCAUUCAACAAUUGCAACAAAAGCUACAGCGAUGACCUCGGCCACUCCCCCUUCCUCGCGUGGCUCCUCCCCCGAGAAGGUGUGUCACUCCAUGAUGCAGACAGAGGCUUUGAAGCCGCUGCUGGGGGCGGUGGGGGUGGCGGUGGCGGCAGGGGAGGAAGCUACAACGGUCUGUGCGCUCCGACGGAGACGGCGUGUUCUCUCCAAGGACGGGCACAGCAACGUGUGCAUCGAGCACGUGAGAGGGCGCGGGGCACUGUACCUGCGUGACAUCUGGACGACCUUCCUGGACAUGCAGUGGCGCUACAAGCUCUUCCUGUUCUCAGCCACCUUCGCCGGGACCUGGUUCCUGUUCGGGGUUCUGUGGUACCUGGUGGCGCUGGUGCAUGGAGACCUGCUAGAGUUUGACCCGCCGUCCAACCACACCCCGUGUGUGAUGCAGGUGCAGACCCUAACGGGGGCGUUCCUCUUCUCGCUGGAGUCCCAGACCACCAUUGGCUACGGCUUCCGUUGCAUCACAGAGGAAUGUCCCGCCGCCAUCAUCCUCCUCAUCCUCCAGCUUGUCAUCACCAUGGUGCUGGAGAUCUUCAUCACAGGAACCUUCCUCGCCAAGGUGGCGCGGCCCAAGAAGAGAGGCGAGACAGUGAAGUUCAGCCAGCACGCCGUGGUGUCCAAUCACGAGGGCCAACCCUGCCUUAUGAUCCGAGUGGCCAACAUGCGCAAGAGCCUGUUACUGGGCUGCACGGUAACAGGGAAGUUGCUCCAGACAUCCCAGACCAAGGAGGGGGAGACGAUGCGACUGGACCAGAGGAACGUUCCCUUCCAGGUGGACACAUCCAGCGACAGCCCCUUCCUCAUCCUCCCACUUACCUUCUACCACAUCAUAGACGACAGCAGCCCACUCAGAGCAUGGGCCGUCAAGGGAGGGGGAUGGACGGAUCCAGAUCUGGCAGACUUUGAGCUGCUGGUGAUCAUGAGUGCCACGGUAGAGCCCACCUCUGCCACCUGCCAGGUGCGCACCUCCUAUCUGCCUGACGAGAUCCUGUGGGGGUACGAGUUCCCCCCCGUAGUCUCCCUGUCCCCCUCAGGAAAGUAUGUGGCCGACUUUGCCUUCUUCGACAAGGUUGCCAAAACAAAGACCCCGCCCCUCUUCAAACAGGCCCCGCCCCCAAGCCCAGCCAUGCACUCCUCCCGUAACCAUGGCAGCAGCAGAGGGGACACAGAGGAAGGGGCAGACCCGGAGAAGAUCAAACUGGAGGAGCGCUAUAGAGGGGAGGUGAGGGAGAGGGGGAGGGGCAGGGGGAGUGUGAGUGUGAGAGAUAGUAGUCCUCUCAGUGUCCGUAUCAGCAAUGUCUAGAGAGAGAAAGAGCAUGAGUAGGAUGCAAUGAGAGAGCAAGGAGGAAGGAGAAAGGAUAGGAGAUAUGUAUGGAGAUUGAAAAAUGAUCAAGUGAGAAAAAAGAAUUGAAUGAAAUAGAGAUGAGUUGCUCCACUGUUGGGAAACGUGAACACAAACACACACACACACACACACACAAACACACACACACACACACACACACAC